AUGUUCAAGACCACCUACCUGCGUGAGGUGCGCAAGGAAAAGUAUGAGCGCUCAGAUGUCUUUGAUGAGGAACCUGAGGACUGCGAAAGCUCUGCAGGCAUCUCAGCCAUCCAGGGCUGGGAGAGCCUUCAGGAGCUCAACAGUCGCUUUGCCCGGUACAUCAACCGGGCACGAGUCCUGGAGCAGCGCAACGCCGUGUUCCGCAAGCAGCUGGAGACUCUGCAGCGAAUGGAAGAGGCCAGUGGCCUAGAGGAGGCCUUCACAGAGCAGAUUGAUGUCAACAGACAGCGCAUCCGAGAGCUGUGCUCCGACCACUCGAAGCUGGAGCGAGAGCUGAAGGAUGCUUGCUCUAUGCUGGAUGAAUUCACCAGCAAAUACAGAAAUGAAUGUGAUUAUCAAGAGCAGCUGCGGUGCACGCUGGAACAGUUAAAUAAGGAGGCCGACAGUGCUCUGCUGAGAAACCUUGAGUAUCAAAUCCAGUCACAGUUCCUGCAGGAUGACAUUAAUUCCACCAGAGAUAGACACAAGAAGAACCUUGCAGAGAUCCAGACCUAUGUAAACAUUUUGCAGCAAAUCAACCAGACACUUCCCCUUGCUCCCAAUGUGUCAGUGGGCAUCUCUGAGGAACAGGAGAAGCUGCUGGCCCAGAGGAAGGUGCCAGGACUGCAGAGUCAGCUGGAGGAAUAUAAGAGCGCCCUCUGUCAGCUGCAGGCCCAGAAACAACGUCUACAGACUGAGACUGCAAUGUUGGAGCAAACCAUCAAAAGCACACAAGAGUGUUACGAUGAUGAGAUCCAGAUGUACAACGAGCAAAUUGAAUCUCUGCGGAAGGAAAUUGAGGAAGCUGAGAGGUCCCUCGAGAAGUUCACCAGUGAAUGUCGCCACCUGGCCAUGUAUCAGACAUCCUUGGAGAAUGAGCUGGAGAGGUACAAGAGGAUCAUCGAGAACGAAGACAACAGGUUGAAUUCAGCGAUAAUUGGCACUCCCAUUACCCUGUUCACCACUAAUUACCGCUACACUCACACACCCUCUGCAUCAAGCAGGGGUAGAGAUAUCACCCAGGCUAUCCAAGACAUCACCAGCAUCAAGCCGCGCCAAAAGAUCUUGGCCAAGAAGGUCCUGAAGAAGAAAGAGCUGACCCCAAAAGAUGUGAUUGACAGUGGCCAAGAGGAUAGAAAUGGAGGAGUUGCUGGAGAUGCUCCAGAUGAAGAAACAAGGGUGAUCCCUUCUGAGGGAAUGCAGGAGGACAUGGUGAAGAGAACAGAGCAGAGACCUUUGCUCACUGGAGUGUCUCCACAGGAUGUCCCAGACGGAGCUCAAAUCAGCAAAGCCUUUGACACUCUCUGUAACAUCGUCAGAGAUCGAAUGAGGAAGUACAAAAAGCCUGAGCCAAUAGCUGACUUCUACACAAAGGGUCGUUAUGUCCUUGUCACUGGGGAUGGAAGCUACCCCCAUCCCUGCUUCUACACCUCCACCCCAUCAGCUGGCCACAUCUUUGUCACUAUCAGAAACGGGAUGAUGCCUCCCUAUGACCCUAAUGGGCCCAGCAAGCCCACUCCUCUACCUCCCCAGCCCAUGCCAGACCCCAGGCCUCUUAGUCCCACCCUGCCGUCUAAUGGAGGAGGAAAGGCAGAUCCCAAAGGAAAGGACAAUGGAGGCAAAGGCAAGCAGAAGAACGGAGACAUUCAACCUCAUCCUAAAGAUCCAAACCCAGUCCCUUCACCCCCUGGCCCCAAAGAUCCCACCCCAGCUGCUGAUCAACCCGCCGGUCCCAAGAAAAAGGAUGACAAUGGCCCUCGUGGGCCCACUCCAAAGGCUGCCCCUCGUGGUGCCAGCACCAGCUCCAGCUCCAGCUCCAGCACCAGCUCCAGCAGCUAUACCCCAGGCGCCAUGAGCUAUGAAAAAGUGGAGGUGGUAGAGUCUGUGGAGAAGUUCUCCAAUGACCGCAAGGUCAAAGGCUAUGAGGAGACUUCCAUGGUAGUGGAGACCAUGAUUGAGAAGUCCAGCAAGAAGAAACAUUGA